CUGAAAUAACAAACAUUUCUGUCUGACAUAAAUGUCUCCCAUAAUGUCUCUGGUCACCAUCACUCUCAUCAGCAGCAUUGUCCUAAGCUUGGCUCCUCAAACUCCAGCAGCAUAUGGGCCGCUGAACUAUGCCUGCUGUGUGAAAUACACUCGGAAUCCUCUGCCCUUCGGUUUAAUCAAAGGCUUCAUCGUACAGAGCUCCCGCGAGGUGUGUCGUAUAGAUGCCAUCAUUUUUUUCACCAAGCAGAAAAAGGUGUGUGCGAGCGUUGAGGAUGAGUGGGUGAGAGCAGCGCUUACACAUCUGAAGGCCAGAAUAAAUAAACUGGCACUGUCUGGAUCUCAUCAGCACCACAUCAGUGUUGGAAUGAACAGUAUGAUUCACACCAACACCAGCACUAGUACCAGCAGCCCAUGAAGCUUUUUCAGAUAACUGUGAUUUUAAGUAAUACAUUUGAUGGCAUAUUCCAUUAAUUAUUGAUGAUUAUCCACAUUAUUCUAUUCUGCCUAUAUAUACUUACACAAAAAAACAACUUCUAUGUCUUCUAUAGAACUUUAUUUUUCUAUUUUUAAAUAUCAUGUAUUAAAUAUAAGUCUGAAAUAAAGAGAUUUCUCCUACACAACAAUUCUGAAAUAAAUGAAUAAAACAUUCUAGUCACAUAAAGCACACAAA